AGAGCCAGAGGAGACAAACAGGCGCUCAAGUCGAUUUGCAAAGGAGAUAUUUCCCAGCUCGCAGCAGCAUGAAAAGCCCUGGGUGCACUCCAAGGUGUCUCAUAAUUUUCAGCUUCUGCCUUGGACUUAGCUGCCUCUCAGGAUUCUUCCAUAUGAAUUACAGAAUCUCAAAGAGCCACGAGGAGCUGCUGUUCCCUCCCACGCCGUGCCAUGCCAAGACAAACGUCAUGUUCCUCAAAACCCACAAGACUGCCAGCAGCACUGUGCUCAACAUCAUGUUCAGGUUUGCAGAGAGGUACAACCUCACCGUCGCUCUCCCUGCUGGCCAGCUCUUCCACCUGGGGUACCCAAGGACUUUCAUGGCCCACUUUGUGGAGGGUUUUGAAACCAUCGGCCAAAAUUACAACAUCAUGUCCAACCACCUGCGGUUUAACCCCUUGGAGGUAAAAAAGGUGAUGGCAGCCAACACCUUCUACUUCUCCAUCCUGAGGAACCCCAUUUCUCUGCUAGAGUCUUCCUACAUUUACUACAAGAACAAUGUGCCUGCCUUCAGGCUCUCCAAGAACGUGAACGAGUUCCUGGCAUCACCCACAAAGUAUUACCUCCCAGCAGAUUACAGGGAAAACAUCUACGCCAGGAACAUCAUGUGGUUUGACUUCGGCUACGACAACAACGCGGAGGAUGACACAAAGUACACCCAGGCCGUCCUGGAGGACAUCGAGCAGAACUUCCACCUCAUCCUGAUAGCAGACUACUUUGAUGAGUCCAUGAUCCUCUUGAAGCACACUUUGUGCUGGGAUCUGGAUGAUGUGGUUUACUUCAAGCUCAAUUCCAGAAGCCACAACACUGUCCAGACAUUGAGUCCAGAAAGUGAGGAGCAGAUAAAAACAUGGUGCUCGCUGGACUGGAAGCUCUACCUGCACUUCAACCAGAGCUUCUGGAGGAGAAUUGAGGAGACCAUAGGGCUCGAGGUGCUGGAAAAGGAGGUGGAUCAGCUGCGGGCCAGACAGAAGGAGCUCAUGGAGACUUGUCUCUCAGAGCAGGAGGCAGUGAGGAAGGAUCACAUCAGGAAUAGAGCUCUCCUACCUUUCCAGUCAGGGGCUGCAAAUAUCCUGGGUUACAACCUCAAACAAGACUUGGACAAGAGGACUCUGAGAACCUGCCAGAAACUGGUCAUACCAGAGCUCCAGUACACGUCCUACCUUUACGCUGUCCAACACCCACACAAGAGGAGGAAAGAGUUGGGAUUGCCAUUGCUGUGGGCCAGCCGCCAGGAGGAGACGCAGCCCCCAGUGUCCAACUAGGACAUGUGGCAACCCACUGUGGCUUCCCACCGCUUUGCAUCGCCCCUUUCUGACCCACAACUGACCCACAGCACUCGUGCCUGAGGGGGAGGCACAGGGGGCUUUCUUUGGGGUCACUAAAUUGGUGACUGGUCUCAUUUUGGGGACAUUGAGCUGGAGGCUUUGUAUUGCCUACAUCCUGGGUGAUCCCACCUGCCUGCUCCUGGCUGGAGAGAGCCGGGCUGGCUGCAGCUGGCCCAGGCAUUCCAGCCUCUUAAUCAUUAAUCACGAGCGUGAUCAUUUGCCUUCAUUUGAUUUUAUUUGAUAUCCAUCGUUACAUGAGUGUGGUCACAGCUCACUGGAGCAAGUCCUGACUUUGGAGGGUUUAGGGGACGGGGGGGAAGCGAGGGGAGUGUGACAAGGGGGCACAGUGCUCAAAGAAGCAGGAGAGGUGGUGGGUGUCCCCUCCAGCAGCACCCACACUCAGUGAGGACUAACCACCACACGCUGCUGGAGCUGCCUUUGGUGUGGGAGUCCCAGGCAGGCUGGCUGCCUUGCUCAGUGGCAUGUAAGCUGUGCCUCUCACGUGUCACCAGGUGAAUGAGCCUCUGUCCCGUGUGGGAGAGGUCAGUGUUCCACUGGAAGGAGAUUUUGGGGUUUUGCCCCCUCCCCUGUUCUCGGGCAAGGGUCCCUGGGCAUGCACGUUCCUUUGGGUGCAGCAUGCCCAAAGCCCUUCAUCAGUACAUGCUUUUUUGGGGCUCCCCUUGCUGUGUUGGCCAAACCCUCCAGCACGGAUUAGGAGGGGAUGGAGUGAGGCGCACCGGUGCAUCCAGGUCCCUGCUGUAGCCCUGGCCAGCACAAGCAGGAGCAGAUGCUGGCUCAGCUUUAAAACACUGCGGUUUGGUCAGUGUAGGUCGGCACUGAGAGAUGUGCUGGGAACAGGUGACAAGCUGGGAAGCAGGCUUGAUGCUCUCAGGGGGAGAGCGGUGAGAAGCAGAGCCAGGAUUUUCCCCAGCUGUGUUAACCAGCCCAGGUGUCCAGCAGGAACAACGCAGAUUAACAGCACUUUCACAGUCCAGUGUUUACAGGAACCCUCACUAAAAUUAACCCGAGGCUUUGGGAGGCUUUUGUGGCAGCCAGGCGGAGCUGCUGGAGGCACAUGUGGUCAUCCUGGGCUAUCCCAGGGGCCCUUCCCGGGCAGUUUUGCCUCCUCUGACUCAGUUUUCCCCUUGGAGCUUCUGAUUAAUGAUUUGCCGUGAUAAUUCAGUCAAGCCCUUUUAGCUAAACUUAUCACAGAGAUGGAAUAUUGGAAUAUUGGAAUAUAAAAAAUAGGUAU